AUGUAAAAGAGAUAGUCUCAUACCAAACUACCAUCAGAAGUCAUUCAUUCUAAUAAUUAUUAUAUUAUGCCAAAAUCGCUUAGGUAUUAAAUUUCAUUUACAAAAUUUCAGAUCAUCAUAGACAUCAGCCUAAAGUUCGGAGAGGAAAAAGGUUGUUUCGACUAAGAAUGUUGAUUAAUUCGAGUAAAUACAUAAUCCUGAAAAGCUUUUAAAAACAAAUCAUUAAAAUACUACUUAUUAAUCUAAUUUGGAAUUACAAUAAGCAUUACAUUAUUCUUAAUAAAACAAUUAAUAUCUAUCUCGUUAUCAUUAAUAGUUAAUUUAGAAUAAUGUAGAUCUUUAAAGUCUUUAUAAUAAAUCAGAAACAGAAAAUAAAAAGUUAUAAAAUGAACUAAAACUAUUGUAAAAUAGAAUUUCAUUAAAAGAAAGUGAAUUAAAGUAGGCUUAAGACAAUGGAGUUUAAUAUAUGAAGGAUAUUGCAUAAUUAAAGAUUUCUAUAUAAAAAGUAUAUUAUUUCUAUUUAUAAAAUAAGCUUAAUUCUACAUUGAUUAAAUUGAAAGAAGAAAAUGCACAAUAUAAAGAAUAAUAAAAUAUCAGUGAAACUUAAUAUUUUCUAACUGGUUAAGGAUUAUCCAGCCGAAAAGAUCUAAAUUAACAUAAUGAGGUCAACUUGAAUGGAUCAAAAUACUCUUAAAAUUCUCGAUAAUAAUCUUAAAGUUUUUAACUUAACUCUGCAUUUACUAAUGAUAAUAUUUAAAGUUAUUAAAAUUAAAUCUUGCAAUUUUAAAAAGAGUUAGAAGAAAAAAAUUAAUUAAUAAUAGGUUUGCAAUAACAAAUCAAAAACUUGACAGAGUUUUAAAAAUAAUUAAUGACAAAAUCACCAAAAAAAUUACACAAUAAAGGAUUAAAAAGUUAAAUGUAUUCAAGUCCUCGUUAAACACCCAUUAAUAAAUUGCAAAUUAAUAAUGAAAGUUAAAUAUUUAGUCAUAGAAACCUUUUAAAUUUAAUUGAUGAAUAAUAAAAGCCUGAUAUUUAACUUCAUAGAACCAGAUAAUCAGAUGAAUUUGAUGUAAAAUAUUUUAUUAUAAUAGGUUGGACCAAGCAUUAAAUCAUCUAUUACAAAUCUAAAGAGCAAAUAACAAUUAUAAUAGAUAUAUAAGAAAAUUAAUUAAUCUACAAUAUAUACUGCAGGUUUAUAUUCCAGUUUGUUAGAUUAUUAAUAUUUAUCUAAUGUAAUGUUAUUAAUUAUAGUUUUAGAGUAAAUUAUUGAGUUCUUCUUGUUCUAAAGAUACAUUAUAACAAUGA